GUGAUUAAUAAACAAUAAAAUAUUUUCGCGUUGUUUUAUGCGUGUGAAAAUUAAGUGAAAUAUGGAGCUAGACGAAGGAGAGACCAAAUUAUCGACAAGUCAUUCGUCAGAGGGUGAGACGUUUUCGCAAGAAGAAGCACUUUCGAUUUCCUCGGAGGAGGAAGACGCUUUAAAAGGGCACAAGAGAUCAGAAGGGACAAAGCAUGAUGAGAAGUUGACAUUGCCAAAAGAUGAACUAGACGGAGAUUCCUCGCUGUACUCAAUCAGUGAUCUCGAGGAAGACAAUAAUUCUGAUAUCAGCUUUACUGACGUGCCAUCUCUCAUCACCAUGGACGAAGAACCGAACGCUAAGACGAAUGUUUCAAUAUCACAGUUAGUUUCACAAACUAGCCCGGAGCAUUCCAAUGUGGUAAGUCAAAUUCCUAAAUCACCAUCAACACAAUGGCAAUGGUAUUCAAGAAGUUGGUUGAAGGACCUAACUUCGAGACAAAGACCCAUUCGAAACGCUAGAAACUUCGAUAAUGUACAACGGAGUUACAUUUAACCAGUUCCUUUAUCACUAUCGUUCAACGCUGCCUACACGAAAAUCCUUGACAAAAUUCUGAUAGUGUUAUAACUAUAUUAAUGAAAUUAAUAGUUUCAAGGAAAAUUUUUCAUAGCAGGAAAAAAUCUAUGGUAUCACAUGAAAAUUAGUCGGAUCUAAAGCCAAAGGGUCAAAUCAGUCUGACUUUUCAAAUUGUUUCAUAUUAUUGAUAGCGUUCGAAAUCGGCAAUCAUGCGUACAGAUAGCGUGCGUGGAUUAGUCAGAAUGGUCACGAACCAAUCGCGACUAGUCACGAUUUCUUAUAAACCUUUGUCCACAUUAAUUUUAGAUUAUAGUGAUUAUGUGUUCUGAUCUAAAUCUAUGAACAAGGUUUAUGUGCAAACAUUAAGUAUGUUUGGAAGCGAAAGCACUUAACGUCACUAUUUUAAUUAUAAUAGGUCAGUAAAUACAACAUUAUAAUGAAAAAGAAAUUAAUCAUUUUCUCACUCUCAUAACUGAGGGUUCACCAGCAUCUCUGCAAGUUGACCAAGCCAUGAGCAUGCACGCAAAACUGUACAAGUUUUUAUUACAGUUUUCAAUUUGUUCUUUACCAUGCAGUAUUUCAUGUUUUCAAUUUGUUCUUUAAAUGUAGUAUUUUACUGCUUUGUCAGGACCCAUGUUGUUUUUAACAAAUUCAGCUUCUCACGACCAGGUAUACUCCGCCUUUCUCAUUUAGGGGUGGAAGGAUAUUGUCCGUGAGAUGUGAAAUUUUUGAAAAGGGAAAAACUAAAUAUCAGUUUCAUUCAAUUCUUAGGUAAUUUAUCCAGCCCGAUCGGUUUCAAGCGAGAGUUCAAGUGAAAACGAGGCACCCAUCGAAGCCUGCUUUAUAGAGGAAUCCUUGCAUGAUGAGGAAAUGCACGAAAGCGACGAACAGGACACGGCAGACGUGGUGAGCGAUGAGGAGCAACAGACCCCAACAAUGGAAGCAAUGCCACAAGCAAGCUCGUCGAUUUCCAACAAGACACCCGAAGAUAGAGAGUCUCCUGCUGAGCUCCAACUAUCAGAAGCAGUCAAUUGGAACAGCCAUGAUUCACAACAUGUAAAUGGGAAACACGAUCCCUUUACAAACAACCACGAAAUUCCUGUUCAAGCUGCAAUGAAUACCGAAUUCGCUGAGACACGAACAUUUUCGGAAAGUCACGACUCCGUUUUAGACAACUCGACAGAUGGCGAAGAAUCGAGCCAUAAGGAAGUGAAUAUUGAUUAUCGAAGAAGCUUGACUCGUAAAGGUUCGAGCAACAGUGAUAUGUCGGCGACAUCGUCUGUAGAUCGUGACUCAAUACCAGGUUCUUAUGAUUCAGGUUUACCAUCACGCGAUACGAUACCAUUAUCCAAGUAUCUGGUAGUGGCUGCGAUUGAUUUUGGUACAACCUACAGUGGGUACGCCUUCGCUUUUACCCGCGAUCCAGAGAGUAUUCACAUGAUGAGACGAUGGGAAGGGGGUGACCCUGGAGUGAGCAACACCAAGACACCCACAACACUGCUACUCACACCAGAUAAACGCUUUCAUUCGUUUGGUUUCGGUGCAAGAGAUUUUUACCACGAUCUCGAGCCAUCUGAAGCCAAGAAGUACAUGUAUUUCGAGAAGUUUAAGAUGAAAUUGUAUAGUGAUGAGGUGAGAGCAUGAUUAUCAUAUAAUAUAUGAUCAUACACAAAGUAUGACAUACAGUUCAAAAGGGUGUUAACAAUAAACAGAUAUAGAGCUAGUAGUAGGGCUAGUAGAGAAGGUUUUUAAUAGUUAACCUAACUUUACACUGGGAGUGAUUUGUUGGGAUCUCGGCGAUUAAGUUUAUAGGUUUGAAAUAUAGGAUUAUAUUUGGGAUGAGUUUCUGGAUCAAGGGUAGGAUUAGGACAAGGUUUGUAUUAAGGGUUAGAGUCAGUAAAGAUUUGAAAUGAGAUUUAGAGGAUUAAAAUCACGUUCCAGGUAGUUUUGGUCUUGUAAAUGAAACUGAAAGUUACAUCUGGGACCGAGAAUUCUGUUCCCAAGAAGCAAAUAAUCAAGAUUUGUAAAGUGUAAUUGUUUUGAACGUUUUAAAACUGUUUUCCUUUGUGUUUCCUGCGAUUUACUGAGGACGUGUUUCCAGACAAAGAAUGCUUUACAUAUUGUGACAUCCUGAAGUCAAAAGAAAUCACCGAGUCAUGAAAUUCCGAUCAUUGAUUUCCAACUGUUGGGAAAGAGCUUCGUCAUUUCAAACGCGGCAACGUUUUAUAAUCUCUAAUAAUAUUUCAAUCAAUCAAGCUUUAUUAAAAUUAAAAGAAAGUGUCCUUUCAUUAAAUAUCUUGAACUGUCUUUGCCAGUGUAGGUAGUGCCAAUCAAAUGAACAAGCUUUCGUUGGUAGGAUGCAACUACCUGAAAAAUAUAGUGUAUACUGUGUAUAUAGUGUAUACACUGUAAAAACUGAUUGGUUAAAAUGACCAAUUUUUUAGGUUGCAACCAUUGGCAAUUGGUCAUUUUGACCAAUUGUUUAAUUAGUUAGUCGCAUUUGACCAAUUAAAUUUGGUUCCUUUGACUAUUACAAAUUGGUCGAAAAAAUUGGUCAUCUUUCGACCAAUUUAUAUAAGUUAUUAUAACUGUCUGUACCGUUACCAGUGUGGGUAGUACCAAUGUGAAAUUGCUGUGCUGAGUGGUUAUAUUACUACCUGAAAAAAAAAACACCAGAAACUGAACGUUUUGAGCAAAGACCCUUCGCUCGAAAUGUUGACUUUCUGCUUGUUUUUUUUCAGGUAGUAAUAUAACCACUCAACACAGCAAUUGUAAUUGUAUUCCUUUGCAAUUGCUCUCACAUAGUUCUAAGGUACCGGUAGCUCUAGUUUAUUUAAUUGUCUUAUUAUAUUGUAUUGAUAUAUUUUUUAUUAAAUUCCAUGUUUACAUGUUCAGUGAUGUAAGACUCACAAUUUUUCUUCAUUUUAAUGCAGUGUAUAGGUUGUGACAUUAAAUUGGUCGAAAUGACAAAAAAAUCAGUUUUUACAGUGUAUAUAUACACAAUAUACGCAUAUUAUCAGUAUAUAGUCAAAAGUGUAUAUAGUGUAUAUAGUGAGUGCAUGUUUGAGUGAAGGCCCUGAAAUACUACAGACAGUUUUAGUAUUUCAUAAAAAAAGCCUUUCCAAGGUCAAGGAGCCAUGUCAGAAAAUUCAUUAACAAUUUUAAUUUUUUCUUAUCUAUCAAAACCCUUCCACAUAUAACAUUUUAAAGUCACACUGUACUAGUCCAAGUCCAAAUCUUAAUCCUUGAAUCCUUAUCUAUGAGUAUUGUUAAAUUUCUAAUUUUCAAAGUUCUUCUUGACCUUACAGUGUAGUUGACUUAUGUGACUUUUAUAAUCCGUAAAGCCCCAGUCUUGCAUAAGGUGCCAAUCUCGUACCCUGAUGGGUCUGGGUAGGAGAUUUUCAAGAUCCAGGCUUCGGAUCGAAAGCUUUGCCAAAAAGCGUGGAAUUUUCCAUAAAAAAGAACGAUUUUUUUUUCUUUGCAGUGUCUAAGCGAGGAAACAGAAAUCAAAGCAGCCAAUGGUAAAUCUAUGAAAGCCAUCGAUGUAUUUAGUUAUUCACUGCGGUUCUUUAAGGAACAUGUUGUAGAAGAAUUAUCUGAUCAAAUGUCCACAAAGUUGGUUGAUAAUGAUAUUUGUUGGGUGAUUACAGUCCCUGCUAUUUGGAAAGCCGGAGCUAAACAGUUUAUGAGAAAGGCUGCUUAUGAUGUAAGUUUGAAAGUGUAUCUGUCCAAUAAUGUAAACUAUAAACUAUCUUUACACUGGAUAGCUCUAUCAGUUCUAAACUGUUCUCCUUAGAGGUCCAGAAACAUCUCUUGUCACUUAUAUUAAACCCACUGUUACUGCAGAGUACAGAAGAAAAUCCAAACUAAACUAACUUAAUUAUACUGGAUAGCUGUAUCAGCUCUAACUGUUUUCCCUCGAGGUCCAUUGCGCCUAGGCAGCUCAUUCUUAGCGUGGUCAAAUUGAAACUUUAAUUUCAACCUCUUACUGAUGGAGCUCAAAGUUUUAACUAGGCAAUGAUCGACUGCACAACGAUUGAUGGAAAAGACUGUAUUUUCCAGACAACACACCCCUUUUAUUAUACAUUGUAUAGGCUGGUCUUACCGACUACGAGAAUCCGGAACGGGUGAUCAUCGCUUUAGAACCGGAAGCUGCGUCGAUAUUCUGCCGGAAGUUACGUAUGCGAGACUGUGUGCUUGACGAAGUGAAGAGGAAAUCCGUGGUUGGCGCGAUGAUGGACUGGCAGAUUGGGAGCGAGUUUGAAGGUAGCAACACUUGAAUAUCGAAAUGUGCGCAAAAAUUUAGAUUGACCUGUUAAGGGAGGGAUAGUGGAAUUUGUUUGAAGUAAGCUGAAGAAUUAUAUUUGCCAUCCGGACUUCAUUCAGCGCAACGAUGAUCUGGCGUAAAGUUUGCUCCAGUUGUUGUUCUUUCUUGCAGGCAAAACAAAAUACAUGGUUGUAGAUUGUGGAGGAGGCACAGUAGAUCUGACAGUUCAUGAACUAGAUAAUGAUACAGGAGUGUUGAAAGAACUUCAUAAAGGAACUGGUGGACCUUGUGGUGCAACUGGUAAGGAAUUAUUAUACAGCAUCGUCAGUAUGUAUAGAUGGAUUUAGUUUAAAACUGAUCGAGUAAGCAUACUGGUAGGUUAGGUUUCUCCCUGUAGUAAGUAAGACUGGACGUGGCCCCUCCAGCAUAAGUUAGUUGAUUCAACCAACGGUAAAGACAGGUACGUUCGGCACAGAAGUCAAUGGGAUCUCUUGUUAAUCCAGGGCAUCUCUUGUUAAUCCAGGAAUCUAACCAAUUUAUUUAUACUCAACCCAACCUCCUACCCAGGGCUUCUGCGGCUCUUAGAAGGCGCAGAAGUCCUGGGUACGAGGUUGUACUCAACCUAGACAAGGCCCUUUACUCGGUUGCUUUGACAGGUUUGCAAGUUUCAUUUCGCAUGUGAUGUCAUAUAUACCGAAUUCUAGCCUAAAAUUGACCAAACCUACCAAAACCAGCCUAGUGAAGGGCCUAAGUCUAGGCUGAUUUAUACUAUUUGGCUAACUGCUCACCAAACAGGCCCAGCCAGGACUAUUUCUUAUAUCUCUUAUGGGUCCAAUGUUACCACAAAAAGAAACUUGACUAACUGUAUUUUGAAGGAUAACCCUAUCAAGGGCUGUCCAUUUUUGCUCCAGUGUCUGUAGUUAGCUUUGAGGUCAGUUGGUACACCUUAAUGACCAUAUAACUGAACUUAUUUAUAGGUGUAGAUGCUCAAUUCGAGAUCUUACUAAAGAAGAUAUUCGGAAAAGAUUUUAUCGAUCAAUUCAAGACGAAACGGCCUGCUGGCUGGGUGGAUGUCAUGAUUGCGUUUGAAGCAAAGAAACGCAACAGCAGUCCGAAUAAAAACAACUGGCUGAACCUCGCGUUGCCGUUCUCAUUCAUCGACUACUACAAGAAACAUCACAAAACAUCGAGCAUUGAAUCUGCCGUGAAGAAAUAUGGCGACCCAAACCUCAAGUGGUCGUCUCAGGGAAUGUUACGCUUGGCACCACAAGUCAUGAACGAACUGUUUAAUCCUGUUCUGCAAAACAUUGUGAAACACGUUCGAGACUUACUAAACAGUCCCAAUGUAAACGAGGUGAAGUUUCUAUUCCUUGUCGGUGGCUUUGCAGAAUCUCCGUUACUUCAACAUGCUAUCCGUGAUGCAUUCUCCUCGAAACUGCGCGUCAUAAUACCGAACGAUGUCGGACUCACCAUUCUCAAAGGCGCGGUGUUAUUUGGCCUGGACCCGACUGUGAUUCGAGUCCGACGUUCGACGCUGACCUAUGGUGUCGGCGUGCUCAACAAGUAUAUUCCGAGUAAACAUCCCCGGGAAAAAAUCGUGCGUAAAAACGGAGUGAUGUGGUGUACGGAUAUAUUUGAUAAGUUUGUGACAGCGGACCAGCCUAUCACCCUGGGGGAUAGGGUUACACGGAGUUAUGCCCCAGCUAAGAAAGGUUUGAACUAUACUACCCUCAGUUUGUACUGUACAGAAGAAAAAGAGGUCGAGUAUAUCACUGACUUGAAUGUUCGAAAAUGUGGAGAACUCAGGAUUGAGUUGCCGGAAUUAGAUGCUGCUGAUCAAACAAAACCACGUGAACUGCAGGCGACUAUGACUUUUUGGGAUACGGAAAUUAAGGUCAGCGGCAUGGACGUACGUACGGGAAAAGAAGCGCGCGCACGAAUAGAUUUCCUAAGUAACUGAUGCAUAAGGUGAUGAAGGUCUUAAUGGGUUAAUCGACUACCCAUAUUUGCCUCUAUUUUUGCCUGGCAACAGAUAAAUAUCUAACUGACAACUGCCAAACGAUGAAACAGCAACUUAGAACGGACAUCCUACAAAAUAUAUAAUACUGGUAGCUGACAAUCACCAUGACAAUCACCAUGAUAAGACCUUCAUACCUCAUAUAUUUAUUUAGUGUGAGUAAACAGAAAUUCCACUACUCAGAAAGUUUUCUCCGGUUCUAGGUUCUUUUUCGAUCCAUCUGGCAUAGUUUAAAAAACAAACAAUUUAGUACUUUCAUUUUCUAAAGCUCUUUGGAAACAAAGUAUGUUAUAAAGGAGUGCAGUGCAGUUUUAGUUGUUCAAAAUAAUUCAUAAUUUCUAAGAAAAUUAAAGUACAGAACGGGAGAAAAUGAUCAGGGAGACAGUUCAUGCGCAUCUUGGAGUGUUGAACAGGAACAUAUAUUGUAAAUAAAAUUAAUUGAUGCCACAUGGCAUCCUACAUACUGUAUGUAAAAGAUAUCUGCUCAAAUUUAUAGAAACAGUGAGUACACAUACCCUAUUUUACUUUUACGGUUAGUUAGUGUAAAAUAGUUAGUGUGAAAAUACAUUCAAUGAAAUUACCCUCCUGCCAUUACAGUAUAAAAACAAAACGUAAUUAUAUAAUAACGUUAUAAUGUUAAGAAUUCAAGCGCUUUCAUUGGUCGAGAGCCAUGAUCUAUUAGAGGACAGACGCACAGAAUUACGUCACACAAAACCUUAUCCAAUAGCAUUCCCUUAUUUGUAUAGAUCAUGUACGCAUGAUAUUUGUAAAAUUCGACUUUUUCAAAAUUUUCAAAUGUUUGGGUGGAUACAAAGUAAGCUAUUUACGUAAUUUACCUGUUUAAUUCGGGUUUUUUUCUUUUUAUUACAUGAAACAAAUAGAUAAGAUUUUGCCGUUGUCUGUUCAGUUAAUAUAGAUACACAGUAUGACGUCAUAAUGUGGGAAAAAUAAAAAAGUGACCCACUCGCCUCGGCGGCUUGUGAGCCACUUUCUUGUUCUUCCCACAUCAUGACAUCAUACUGUGUAUCUACAACUGAACAGAGAGCAGCAAAAUCUUACCUAUUUCAGGGUUUUUUUCAGGGAUUUUUUAGGGCCCAAAAAACUCAAUCUUGAAUUGAGUUUUGAAACUCAAUCUUCUCACCAAAGUUUCAGUGCAGUAAAAAUGAAGUUGUUUGAGUUAAAUUUCGUGACGUGUGGAAAUUAGUUUUCAGUUGGAAGCCUGACAAUUAAGACAAAAUGGCUGGAAUUCAUCUUACAACACAAGAAAAACCAUGCAUUCGCCAUCUUUAACCACUCAGUUUAUAGUGUCCCUUAGUGCCCCUGCUUUAACACAUUCCGUCUCAACUACAUUUAUUGAGUAUGUACAGGUGUCAGCCCCCCCGGUAGAGGGGGGUGCAGCCACCCCAGCUGUUCAGCUAAACUCAAUCUUCUCUGCAAAAACGGACCCAAGAGAAAAUCCUGAAAAAAACCCUGUAUUUGUUAAGUAGACCAGAUCCAUAAUGUAUACUUGUUAUAGGCAAACUUUGCAAUCAUAUACCCAUUAAUCAUUGUACUGGUGAUCAGGAAGUCUGCCUAAAGGCAUAUACAAUACACUAGUUGUCUAUACUGAGGAUUUGAAAUAUUUUCUUUAUUGAACUGUCAGAGCUGAUGAAGACAGUCACUAACUCACUAUUAUCCAUUGUGUUAAAAUGGACCUCAUUGUUAAAUAUCCAGUGUAUACAGUAUGGAAUGAGUACAGUUAUUUACAGUUAUUAAUUUGCCUCAGAUCAUGACGCCCAACACAACCUGAGUAAGCUGAAACAAUGAUAAAUAACUGGUCAAUCACUAUCUUCAUCUAAUAUCUCCAGCUCUUUCAAGGAAAUCUGUUGAUUAACCCAUUAAGCUGUAAUGUACCCAAUGCACCUUACUUUAUUAUUUUACCCUAAUGCUAGAUGAUUUUACUCAUCAAGGGUAGAGUCUUGCACAUUAAUGGGUUAAUAUAAUAUAUUUAUAAAGUGCAGUACCUAACUGGAAAGUUUGGAAAUUGCGUGAGGGAGAUAUCCCCCGCGCGAUACAAACUUUCCACACUGGGUACAGUUUCUGUCAAAAUAGAAGUUUCAUCUUGAAAGUCAACAUUUGUCUUCAGUUGUUUGUUUCAAAUCUUGAGUUUCAAGUUUUGACGAGUACCUGGCAUUGAGAACUUCUGUACAAAUUUGUGUCUCAGUCAAAAUCAGGAAUGUCUUCAAACGAGUAGCCUCUGUAACCUUUCCAAGCAUAGUAAGCAAUCCUCACAUGAUAGAACCCAGGGAUAAACAUAAGUGAACCAAGAAUAAGCAUUGGAUAUGUUCUAUCACCAUACU